AUGGAUUUCCCAGACCACAGUCGCCGCAUACUUCACAGCCUUAGAGACCAGCAAUCGCAGGGUUUCCUUUGUGACUGCCAAAUAUCUGUGGGGACUGCACGCUUCCUGGCACAUCGCUCUAUUCUGGCCUCAUGCAGUCCCUUUUUCCAUAUGUCAUGCCGAGAGAGACCAGAAACACGAGAGCUUACCCUAAACAGCCAGAUUGUCACAGCUCCAGCCUUUUCCUUGCUCCUUAGCUUUAUGUACUGUGGUCGACUCAGUUUUCAGGAGGCCCCCACUGAAGAUGUUCUGGCAGCAGCUAGCUAUUUGCACAUGGAUGAGGUUGUGAGGGUGUGCAAAAAACGGCUGCAAGGUCGAGCUCCUGCUGAGGCAGAUAGCACUCGCCGAGAAGAAGAAGGAGGAAAUGGCUGCCUGGGGGUAGAAAAUAAUGGGCGAGAUGUAAGCCAUGAGGGUCAAGAUAUCAAAAUUAUGCAAUAUGAGGGACCGGAAAUAGCAGGAGAUGGGGAGAGAAUGCCUGGGAGUAUAACCUACCACUUGCAGGAAGUAGCAGGAAGCAGCAGGUAUCAGAAGCAGGAGACAGAAGGAAAUGGACAGAAAUUACCAGGAAGUGUAAAGUAUCAGGGACCUGAAACAUCAGGCAUUAUGCAGAGAAUAGUAGGGGGUUCUAGGUUUGAAAUACAGAACAUGAACGAAAGUGGCCGAGCGGCCAGCUCUAAAUUUGAAAUGCAGGAAGGGACAGUAAAUAUUGAACCUGUUACUGGCAGUGUGAAGUGUCAGGGGCAACAGCUCUCAACUAGUAAUCAGGAGGCUGCUGGAAGCUCUAGAUAUGAGAUACAGGAGAGGACAGGGAAUGAACACAUUUCAGAAGCCAUAAGAUGUCCUCAGCAAGAGGCUGUAGAAAGUACACUUACAUCGCCUGCUCAGAGAUUCACUUCACAGAGUCAAGAUACAGGUUCUAAUGGACAGGCAGUACUUUCAAGAAACUCGCCAAAGAGACAGGAGCCUGCAGGUAGCACCCAAAGUACUCCUAGUGGUUCCAGAUAUUCCCACCAAGGUCAGGACAAUGCUGGCGCUAGCAGCCAAACAUUACCCACUACUAGGUAUUCUUUGCAGCCACAGGAAGAAGCUGGAACUACAUUGGCUGUGACAGGAAGCUCCAGAUUCCCUUUGCAGGAGCCAACUGGUAGUGUUGUAGCAGUGCAAGGCAUUCAAAGAUAUUCCCUACAGAGUCCAGAAGUAACAGUGAACUCUGCAGCACAGCCUGCCACUUCCAGAUACCCUCAGCAGGAACCAACGGGUACUAUCCAAGGAGUUCAAGCACGUGGCCGAUACAGUUUGCAAGUUCAAGAGCCAACAGGCAGCACAACUGCUGCUGGUCCAUCAAGAUACUUUCUGCAGAGUUCAGAAUUAGUAAGCAAUGUUUUGACACUCCCAGGUACAUCAAGGUAUACUUUGCAUAGUCCAGGGUCUCCUGUGGGGAAAAGAGAAGAAAGGGAAUGUACUAAAUCUGAAUUGACAGUAACAACUACUACUCAACCUGGAAUGGAGACGGCAGCUGCUUCUAGUCCAUGUAGUUCUACUGUGAGUGAAGGUCAACCAGCUCCAGGUGUAUCAGUAAAGAUAGAAGCCAUUGUAAUAUCUGAUGAGGAGUGUGAGAGAGCGGUAGGAGCAUUUAAACGACAUGGGUAUGAAGAGGAGGAGGAAGGAGAGGAGGAAUCUGGAUACUUGCCUUAUCAUAUGAUUGCAGUGCCAGGUGGCCACCACCCGAACUAUGGAGGUAUUCUGCCUCCCUCAAUGCACCCAGAGGCCAUGUACUUACAGGAAUUUGAAGGACAUCCUGGCUUUCCUCUUUUCCCUGAAGACGUGCCCACUUGUAAGACAUGUGGCAAAACAUUUUCUUGCUCCUACACACUUCGCCGGCAUGCCACAGUGCACACACGGGAGCGACCCUAUGAAUGUCGUUACUGUUUGCGCAGCUACACACAAAGUGGGGACUUGUACAGACACAUUCGCAAAGCGCACAGUCAACUGGAAGCAGGCGUCAAGAAACCGAAGACAGACAUGGAGCCCACGCCCCCAAACUUGCCUUAA